AUGUGGCGUGUGCUUUUGCUACAGUGCGUAAUGCUUUGCAAUUCGGUCCUGGCUUUAAGUCAUAAAGGAAAUGAAACUGCUGGCAAAACGCCCUCCUCCCAAUGGAGUCCCCGAAGUCUGGGCAGGAUUAUAGCCCAAUGCAUGGGUGGCUUGGAGGUUUGGGAGUGUCUGGGUUCCGAAAGCGAGCGAUUGCUGGAUGGAGCCACCAGGGAUAACAGCACCUGGCAGAUCAGCGAGUACCUGAGCAUUGAACCUCAGACAGGAUUUACCGAGCAGGAGAGGAGGCGCAUGGAUACUGGCAUACCCGGAAAGCUGAUGGAGUUGGUCCGGGGAAGAGCUCUUCGACUUCAGCUACCACGGCAGUUGACCAUUUCCAAUGCCAUAGAUGACUUUGGGAGCGAACUGGGCUUCGAUCAAGGUCGCAAAAAGAAGGACAAAGACAAGCACAUGGCCAUGAUGGGCGGCAUGAUCAUGGUGGCCACCCUCGCCCAAAUGUUCCUAGGCAAGGUCAUCCUCAUCGCCGGCUCGGCCUUCAUCAUGGCCAAGAUCGCCCUGGUCAUCUCCUUGCUGGGCAGUCUAAAAAAGGGUUCGACUGGUCACAGUGGUAGUGGUGGCGGCGGAGGGACGGAGCACGUGGUGGUUCACUCCAGUCACGAGAGCGGUUGGCACCGCAGCAUGCCCACCCACGACUACGCAUCCUCGCACCUGGAGCAGGUCGAAGAACCUCCAGUGGAGCACCAGAUGGAGUUCUACCAGGCCUACCAGAUGGAGCCACUGAAGCGACGCCUGCAUCAGGCGGUGACUGACCCACAACAGCCACGCCCGGAGGCCACCAAACCCACGAGAGGUUUCCUUUAG